AUUAACUCUGGAAGAAGAAGAAAAUUCUCUUGUUGUGUUAGCAAACGUCCGCUGUCUCUUUAUGUCAUUUAAAUCCAACUUCAGCUGAAGGUUGACAGAGGAAAAGAAAAAGAGAAGAAGAAGCAGCUAACCGACGGCGGACAAAAUGCUAUCUCGCAUGUUAGCUUAUCUCGUCAACAACCUCCAGGUCAUUGAGAAGUUGGCAGAGUCCCGUCCGAUCCGCAGGGCGGCUCAGCUUACGGCGUACGCGCUCACCAAGGCUCAGAUCGUCGGCCGGGACACUUCGGAGCGAGUCAUGCGAUCCCAGACGCUGCGGCAGGUCCGCCAGGAAGCCGGCAGAGUCCCCGGCGACCUGCAGGAGGUGAGCAACCGCCUGCGGAGAGUCCGGGAGACGUUCGUGAAGGAGGUGAAGGACGGAUGGAAAGAUGGCUCCCGGCGGAUAAAAAAGUGAAGAAGAGCGGAGGGUUUCUGGGCUGCUGAAAGGACUGAUGAUUAUGUUGAAUUUAGGUCUGAAUGAAGAAUAACAGUUUGAUGUGAGUCUAACGAUCUGCCUUGUGUAUUAGUUAUUUUAUGUACCUUAUAGCUGCGGUGUCCGCCACAUUAUUAUGGAGUAAUACCUGGCUACCAGCAGAGGGCGCUGUUUAUAACACUCUGUGGUGGCGGAGCCUUUUAACUGUUGCACACGAAUAACUGGUUUCCACCUUCUAUUGUUUUAAGAUUAACUUCACUUAUUUUCGUAUUUUAAAAAAUACGAAAAGGGUUUUUAUUGUAUUGGAGAGGGGGAAAACUCUGGAUAAACUAAUAUUGGAAUAUUGCUAUGACGGACAUUCAGGACCAUACUAAGAAAAAAAUAAUAAAAUAAAAAUUACGAGAAGGAAACCAUGAUUUCGAUAUUCAAUACGUAGAAUAAAAAUCAAGCUAUUACUAGAAUAAAGUCAAAAAAUCCCAAGUAAAGCUGUGAUAAUAAGAAGAGGAUCACUUUAUUCAGUUUUACAAUUGAAGCAUCAUCAAAUGCCUUUAGAGACUUUUGCUCCAUUUUUUUUAUUGCCACCUUAAUCUACACAUUAUUUUAUUAUUUCACUGUGAAAUUCACAAACUGCUGUCCUGCCAAAGAGCUUCUGCAGCUCUGUACUUGUAAAACAUAUUGUGCUGGAAACAUUUUUAAAUUUGUAAAAAUGUAUAUCUAUGUAUAUAUAAUGAGUUUAUCUGCCAUUACAGUUUAAAUAAAGACUCUAUUUUAUACCA